AUGGGAUGUACACUGAGCGCCGAGGAGCGCGCAGCUCUGGACCGGAGCAAGGCCAUCGAGAAAAACCUGAAGGAGGACGGGAUGGUCGCCGCCAAGGACGUCAAACUGCUCCUGCUCGGCGGCGGGGAGUCCGGCAAGAGCACCAUCGUCAAACAGAUGAAGAUUAUCCAUGAAGAUGGCUUUUCUGGGGAUGAUGUGAAGCAGUAUAAGCCUGUGGUCUACAGCAACACCAUCCAGAGUUUGGCAGCCAUUCUCCGAGCCAUGGACUCCCUGGGCAUCGAGUUCGGAGACAAGGAUAGAAAAGCGGAUGCUAAGCUGGUGUGCGAUGUGGUCACUCGUAUGGAGGACACAGAGCCGUACUCUGCAGAGCUUCUCACUGCUAUGAAGCGUGUAUGGACUGACGCUGGGCUUCAGGAGUGCUUCAGCCGUGCCCGGGAAUACCAGCUCAACGACUCUGCCCAAUACUACCUGGACAGUCUAGACAGGAUCGGGGCGGCAGACUACCAGCCCACAGAGCAGGACAUCCUGAGAACUCGAGUGAAGACCACCGGUAUCGUCGAAACCCACUUCACCUUCAAAAACCUCCAUUUCAGGCUAUUUGAUGUGGGAGGUCAAAGGUCAGAGAGGAAGAAGUGGAUCCACUGCUUUGAAGAUGUGACAGCCAUUAUCUUCUGCGUUGCUCUAAGCGGUUAUGACCAGGUGCUCCACGAAGAUGAAACAACUAACCGCAUGCAUGAGUCGCUCAUGCUCUUUGACUCCAUCUGUAACAACAAGUUCUUCAUCGACACCUCCAUCAUCCUCUUCCUCAACAAGAAGGAUCUGUUCGGUGAGAAGAUCAAGAAGUCACCGCUGACAAUCUGUUUUCCAGAAUACACAGGUGCUAAUACUUACGACGAUGCUACGGCAUAUAUUCAGGUUCAGUUUGAGAGUAAGAACCGUUCUCCCAAUAAGGAGAUCUACUGUCACCUGACCUGUGCCACAGACACAGGAAACAUCCAGGUAGUGUUUGAUGCCGUCACUGACAUCAUUAUUGCAAACAACCUUAGAGGGUGUGGCUUAUACUGA